GUAUAACGUAAGCCACGCCGAAAGCUAUUGAUUGUGGUUUUUUGCCGACAGAGGGCGAAAAAGAAACGCGCCUUCUGUCGGAGAAAUCAUCGAAUUCGAAGGGUGAAGUGGUUUACGACGGAAGGAGAGCGCCGGAAGCAAGCGUCGUCGAUCGUAGGGAUCCGCAGCAACAGCGACAACAGCAGCAUCGGGCCGCGUCAUGUCGCCCACCGUGGCCGACGGCGGCGCCAACCAAAGGCCCCCGCCUAAGCACUGUGUUCCUGAUUCAGCCGUCACUGAAAAAUGUUCCUAUUCCCAGAUUUCUUUCCGUGGUGUUCGUACAAGUAAAUUUCGUCACAUAUACGGUAGUCCAGCUCGUAAAGAUAACUGUUAUGAAUGCAUAAAAAUUACAAAAAAUGCACAUGAUAGUUAUUUUUGUGCUGCUAAUCCAAAAUUUGUUGCUGUUGUAACUGAAACUGCUGGUGGUGGUGCAUUUUUAGUAAUACCAAUUGAAAAGGUUGGGCUGAAGACAUCAACUUUCUUUAUGAUGCUGUAGUAAUCUUUCCACCGAAAAGAAGCUAUAAGAAAUAAUUGAAUCACUACAUCAAAAUCAAUGUCAACUACAAGGACCCAAUGAAUAUAUUCCAGAAAAAGUAUUGAAAAUGAACAGCCACCAAUCAGUCAGUCAACCUGAUGUGACAUCAGGUUGACUGACUGAUCUAUAGAUUAUCCCUGAUUCGUCAAACAAAGUAGUCUAGUAUAGAAGUGAUCAGUCUUUCCACAACGAAGAACAGAAAGGAAGAAGUUGAGUAGAAGCAAGUGAACACAAAGACAGGUUUAGAAGCUGAAAUGAAUAAAAUAUCAGAGUUGAAGUUUACUGUAGCCAAAGUAGGAAAUAUAAUGAAGCUAAGAAUACCAGAUGUGGACAGGGAAAGAGGCAAUCUGCAGAAUAUAUUGGCAGUAAUACUAGCUACUAAAAAUGAUAACUUGGAAACAAAGGAGGAUGUCUUUCACACUUGUAUACCAGAAACUAGUUUGUGCUAUGUGACAAACAAUUUCUUACAAUAGUGUGUAUCAAGUAUUACUCUUUCUCAAAGGGAAUGCACAAAAAAAACAUCAAUUUCAGAAGGUGAUGGGUACCAAAGGUACUCAUGUAAAGAAGAGUGUAAUUCAACAAAAUGCAGAUUCAAGGAAGAUGAAAAAUUACAUAACUCAAAAUGUCAUGAUAGUUUGCCAUGUUUGAAUAAGCAGUAGCAUAUUUUCUCCCAACAAAUUUUUUGAUAUUUUUGUACACACAAUUCUAAUAUUAAGCUGAAAUGGAUUUUUCUUAGUUUCUUUAUAUUGAUUAAAUCAUUCUAAUAAUAAUAAUAAUACAAAAAAUGUGUUUUUGAUUCAUUUUAUUAAAAUUUGUUAAAAUUCAUGUUACAGUA